ACCAAGGAUGCCGAAGAAGACGCGCAUCAAGCGCUGCUCUCCUUUCAGUCCGCUGUAGACGUCAGGAAUCAAGUCCGCGGCGUUUACGCAUGAGGUAUACUUAAAAGCAACGGAUUAUGACACGUGAAAGCAGGUAUCCACAGACUUGUCAAGGGAAACGAAACAUCAGUGGCUUCACUAAAGCCGUCAACAUCACCGGACAGUGAGCAAUGCAUAAUCUGACUGCGCAAGUCACCAGCAGCCUACUGCCUUUCCCUGGAGUGACUGUUAAUGCUCUGGGUGAGGAUGAAAUCACUCUUGACUCUGUUCUUCAUGGGAAGUUCACUGUUGGUCGCAGUGGUCUGGCCUGGCUGGCCUGUGGCCCCCAUCUGGAGGUUGUGCAUGCAGUGACAGGAGAGCGUCUGUCAGCAUACUGCUUUAGUGGUGGAGGGGAGCAUCCACCCAAUGUCCUCGCUGCCAGAGACUUCAGCUGGCUCAAAAGGUCUGGACUGCUGGUUGGUUUGGAAGAAACAGAGGGCAAUGUGUUGUGUCUUUAUGACUUGGCAGUGUCAAGGGUGGUCAAAGCUGUGGUUAUACCAGGCAGGAUCACAGCCAUAGAGCCUUUAGUGAGUUAUGGUGGAGCAAGCACUUCCACACAACACCUCCACCAGAGUUUGCGAUGGUUCUUUGGCAUUGCUGCUGUGGUUACGGAUCUUGGUCACGUUCUGCUUGUGGAUCUUUGUCUCGAUGACCUGUCUGGCAGCCAGAGUGAACUGGAAGCUUCAGCCCUGCAGGUAGUGACCAAGUCUCCUGCAGACAUCCCCAGGCUGAGAGAAGUGGGCACCAGACAGGGUAGACAUCUUUGUCUCCAACUGAAUGGGCCGAGUGGAGUCGGAGCCACAGCUCUGCAGUACAUCUCCAGGACCAACCAGCUGGCAGUGGGGUUUGCCAAUGGAUAUUUACAGCUGUGGAACAUGAAGACUCUUAAGAAAGAAUACCACUCCCAGUUAGAGGGUGGCGGGGUCGCUGUGUACGCCUUCACCUUCCAGGAACCAGAGAAUGACCCCAGAAACUGCUGCUAUCUCUGGGCUGUCCAGUCUUCUCAGGACCUCGAGGGAGAUACAGUCAGCCUCCAUCUGCUUCAGCUGGCCUUCAGUGAGAGGAAGUGUUUAUCUUCUGGGAAGAUCCUUUAUGAGGGUCUGGAGUACUGUGAGGAACGCUACAGUCAGGAGCUAAGUGGCACAGGUUUCCCUCUCAGGACACAGACGACAAACACCCGUCUGCUAAGCUGCCGCACCAUCGAGAAAUUCAGAUCCCAUCCUGACAGGGAUGACAGCAUGAACGAAGCUGCAUCUCCGGACACCAGCGUGUCUCUCUUCAGCUGGCAAGUCAAAGCCUAUGGUCAGGGAACCCCAUCCACCUUCAUAGGAGUUUUUGACAUCAACCGUUGGUACCAUGCACAGAUGCCUGACUCUUUAAGAAUGGGGGAGUCUCUGCAAAAUUGUCCCUACCUGGCAGUUUGGUCUCUGGACUCGGUGGUGCACAUGGUGUCACCACAUGUCCUCCUAGAUGUGGUGGUACAUGACCGCAGCUUGGCCAGGGCACUGCCCUUCACCUGCCCACCACCAGAACAGUACUUUAACCCCACCAAUUACAACUUCGAUGCUACCUGUUUGCUCAACUCUGGAAUUGUGCACCUAACCUGCCCCGGGUAUCAGAAAGAGACCCUGAGCUUUUUGAGGAAAGCUGCUCCUUGUUCCAGUGAUAUCAUCUCCGCAUGCUACUCCCGCUGCCUCAUGUCUGGGCUACUCCCAUCUCGCCUGGCUGACACUCAGGCCUCCAGCCUCUCUCAGGAGGAGCAGCUAGAUGCCAUCUUAUCCACAGCGGUGGAGACCAGUGCCCUGGGAUUAAUUACUGGCUGCAUCAAACAGUGGACUGCAGAAGAACAACCAGGCUCUGCACUGAACCUGCGCUACGUCCUGGACUGGGCCUGGAACAAAGUCAUCCAGACCAAGGAGGAACUGGAUGGAAUCUGUGCACCGCUGUUUGACAGCUCUUCAAACUUCACAGACCCUCAGACUCUGCAGUUGCUCCAGCACACCCAGAGGCUGCUGGGUAACCUCGGCACCGUAUUCCACUGUCUCCUCAAUGAAGCUCAGGAGCUCACACAAAAAGGGCUAGUGGGGCUGAUAAACAAGAACAUGGUGUCCAGUCUGAUAUCCAAGUACGCUCAGGUGGUACUGUGGUUCUGUCGCACUGGUCUCCUGCCAGAGGGAUCAGAUGAUGACGCUCUCCAGAUCUCCAGACCUUUCUACACCCACUCAGUCAUCAGCAACUAUUACACUAUACGCAGAGAGGAACUCACAAGGCUAUCUAAGGGCAAGUGGUGUGCAGACUGUCUGAUGAUUGAUGGUUUGGUUGGUCAGUGUGGUGAACGAUUAACCAACCUGUGGAAAAGAGAUGAGGGUGGGACAGGGCAGUAUCCACCACCAACGUUGCAUGCGUUGUUGGACAUUUAUCUCCUGGACAACAUUGAUGAGGCCACCAAGCAGGCAAUUGUGAUUUACCUUUUGCUGGAUGUCAUGCAUUCAUUCCCCAAUAAGGAUGGAGCAUCGAUUCACUCUUUCCCCUCAGCUUUUGCCAUUCCUGUUGGGCUGGUAAAGCUUGUGCAGGGCCUCUGGUUGUUGGACCAUCACGGCCAUCAGAGUUCAUUUGAACUGCUCCUGCAUCCAGCUGCCUCUGCGUGUCACUUUAAAUGGCAGCAUGAGCGUGUUCUGAAUGCUCUCAUGUGCCAGGACCAGCACGCAAUUGCGCUGCGAUAUCUUCAGUUUACAAAGCCCACGAUUUCCUCCACCUCCCAGGCCAAGCUCUGCCUGUCUGUUCUGCUGCACAACAGGUGUCUCAUCGAAGCAUGGUCCUUAGUACGGCAGCACUCAUAUCAACUAAAUAAGGGUGAGCUGCUUGGUGUCCUGUAUGAGAGCUGCCAGGACCUGGGCCUCGUCACCGAACUGCUCAAACUCCCACUGGGUCUGGCUGAACAGGAAUGUCUGGAGAAGUUUCUUCAAGGCACUGGAGGCCUUCAAAACAGAGAACUACUGAUGGUGCAUUACCUUCAGCAGGCCAACUAUAUACCUGCCCUGCAGCUCAACCACAAACUUAAAACCAAUCUGGUGAAUGAACGAGAUCCAAAGCUGAAAGAGCGGGCCAACACAAGGAAUGCCAUACUGGAACAGUACGGGAAGGUUUUACCGAGAGUCCAAAGAAAACUGGCAAUGGAGAGGGCAAAACCCUACCAGCCUCCGUACACCAUUCACAGAGAGGUGUCUCGGCCACAGCCACUGUCAACUCUAUCAAAACGCUCUGCAAGUGAGAAAGUGAUCUCCAGGGCUGGAUUUAUCAACAGUGUCCUGACCAAGAUUGAGGAGGUGUGGUUAUGCAAAGACACAACACCACAGUCUUCACCAAUCAGGAGUUCCAGUGUUGCUAAUAUUCAGAGCCCGAGCAACAGGCCUUCUGUCCUCCCUGAUCCCUUUCUUGGAACUCCCAUCACCAUGACCUCCAAACGAAAGUCAAGGCUGAUGGACUUGGUGGUUCAGCCUUCGUGUAAGAGCCCUCAGCUCCUUCUCAGCCCACCCAGACCUCCCACCUCCUGGGUUUCUCCAAAGAGCAUCAGCAAAGCUCCUGAACUCAGUCUCCUGCAAACACCACAGGUCGUCAAGCGAGCUCGAGCCUUAGCAGCCUCCGGCCCGGUUUUCUCAGCCUUCACUCCGCAGUCCAUCCUGCGCAGCAGCCUGAGGCCCACACCUGUUGCCACCCCUUCUGCUUCUCCAGGUCGCUCCAUCACUCCUCCGCUCCGCAGCAAAGAAAGCCGCAUCACUUUCAUCAAAGAGGCAGAAUCUCCUGAACUGGAGAAGGACAUCCAAUGGACCAACGGGGUGGCAGCAGACAGUGAGAUUAGCCUGUUGACCAGAGGCUCCACACUUUCUAAGGCUGCUGAUAAUACUUGGUCUGCACAGCCUACUGAAGAGGAUGUAGAUGAAGGAAAGGAGCAGCCUCAUGUGAAGUUCAUGCCUCCUGAAGGUGGUGUUGCCUCUCCACACCUGAGAUCCUUUGAGUCCUCAUCCAUCCAUGAAGAAACCAGAACAUCACACGCUACACAAACUCGACUUAGCCUGAGCUUUGACACCACUCAGACGCCUGUGCGGUCCACAGACACCACUCUGGAGUACUAUGACGCACCUCUAUCAAUAGACGAGGAAAUUGAAGAGCAACAGGCAGCGACAGAGCAAGAUGAGGAUGUUGUGACGCUGAACAUCAAGGUUCUAACCAGAAAUGAAGAACCAGAAGAAAAGCCUUUACCAACCCCUGACCAAACGCCUAUCUUUACACUGGAGGAAGACGAAGUGGUGAAGGAAGAUACAAUAUUUAAAGAUUUAAUAGAGGAAGAUCACAAACAGGAGGCUGAAAAAGAUGUUCAGUCUGCGCAGGAAGAUGAACAGGAAGUUGAAUCAAGCAGCAAACAACAAUAUGCUGCAAACCUUGACCCUGAGGAUAUGCCCAGUCAAGUUUGUAAUCAGGUGACUGAGACCAUGGAUGCUACUGUGGUCGAAUCUCAGGAUGAACCAGUGACAGCCACUGAACAAGAUUUCCAGUCUUACGCCGCAGAGAUUACUGAGCAUCUGAAACCGUGUGAAGCCAUAGAACAAACAAGUGAACCAGAGGAGGAUCUGGAACAUUCAGCAGAUCUAACAGAGUUUGUGCAGCAGCAUCUGUUUGGCAACGAUCUGUCUCCUGUACUCACCCGCUCAGGAAUCCACAGUGCAUCACAGAUACAGGUGUCAUUCAACAGUGAGUCACUAGAGGAGGUUGAAGGAGAGGAGCAGGCAGCUGCUGAGCCUCCCCCAGUUCUCACAAGUCAGAAAUCUAACACCUCCGUGGCAUCAUCUGAGCCAACAGGCACAGACUCCCACUCUGUUGUGAGUGUAAACGAUAGUGAAGAACUUUCUAGCCCUGCAUCUGAGGAAGAUGAAGAUGAGGAGGAGGAAGAAUCUGAGGAGGAGGAAGACGAAGAAGAAGAAGAGGAGGAGGAGGAGGAGGAGGAGGAAGAAGACUCUGGUAGUGAGGUGGAGAUCAUUGAGGAGGUGCAAGGCAAUAGGAACCUGCCACCCAUCACGCCCAGUUCAGUGUUUGUUCAACAAGGACACGCACACUUCCUGCCAAGUCUCUCGGAGCAGGAGGCUGCUGAGUUCUCCCUGAUCACACCUGCUGUAGAGAUGAAGAUGGUAGAAGGGGACAUGGAGGAUGAGGUGGUGAUGGUGAGAGUUGGUACCAAUGAAGGAGGGAUGGGGGACAAAGAGCAACUGUCAUCAUACAUGGAGCUCAAACCUUCUACCACUCUCCUGGUUCCCCUGGAGCUCGUGGAGGGACAACAUGGUCCGCUGGAUCUCCCCGAGAUUCAGGAAAAUGUUGUGCCUGAUGAUCAGAGGACUGAAACUCACUGUGGCUUCUCUCUGAUGCUCGAUAUAGAGGAGGACGAGAAUAAAGAGGCAGACAAACUUCCCAUGGAGAAUGAUCUGCAGUCCUCCAAUUUCUUCAUCCAAACUUCAGAAGAGGAACCUAGUGAUGAGCUUAAUGAGAAGCCUGUGGCCAAACCUGAGGUUAUUCUUUUGGGCACCGAUGUACAGGAUACACCCCUUCAUGGAGAAGUCAUACAAGAUGACCAGAAGAAAGACGUGAACAGCCUGGAUGGAAUGGAGGUAGCUGAGCUAGAACCAGAACCUGAAAAAGUCCAAACUGUCACACAAGAUGACCAGAGAAAAGACAUGAAACGCCUGCAUGGAAUGGAGGUAGCUGAACCAGAAUCCAAACCUGAAAAAGUCCAAACCAUCACACAACAUGACCAGAGGAAAGACAUGUAUAGCCUGGGUGGAAUGGAGGUAGAUGAGCUAGAAUCAGAACCUGAAAAGGUCCAAACUGGCCAUCAGGCUUUAAACAUGGGGGAAACUGAGGAGAUAGAGGAGGCCAAUGUUCUGAAGGAUGCAGAAUUGGUUAUGCAGGCUGAAGAUCCCAAUACUGCAGCUCUUUUUGCAUCAGCUCCAGAAGAGGAACUCCCUUCGGUUGUGGUUGAUGAUGUCUCUGUGGCAAAAAAAGAUGCGGCUGUUGAGGAGAUGCAAGAGGAGAAGAAAACGUCAACACCUGCUGUUGAGGAGAUACAAGAGAAGGAAACAUCAACAUCUGCUGUUGAGGAGAUACAAGAGGAGAAUGAAACACCAACACCUGCUGUUGAGGAGAUACAAGAGAAGGAAACACCAACACCUGCUGUUGAGAUACAAGAGGAGAAGGCAACACCAAUACCUGCGGUUGAGGAGAUGCAAAAGGGGAAGGAAACAUCAAUACCUGCUGCUGAGGAGAUGCAAGAGGAGAAGGAAACAUCAACACCUGCUGAGGAGAUGCAAGAGGAGAAGGAAACAUCAAUACCUGCUGUUGAGAUACAAGAGGAGAAGGAAACAUCAACACCUGCUGAGGAGAUGCAAGAGGAGAAGGAAACAUCAAUACCUGCUGUUGAGAUACAAGAGGAGAUGGAAAUAUCAACACCUGCUGUUGAGGAGAUACAAGAGGAGAAGGAAAUGCCAACACCUGCUGUGGACCAGAAACAACCUGAAAUGAACGGCCCCAGUGAGACUGACACACAGAUUGUCCCCAGUGCAGAGGGAGAGACUGCUGUGGAGGAGGAGCAGCAGGACCUCAGAGCCUCAGAAAUUACUGAAGUUAUUGAAAAAAAAAGAACCACAAGAGGAAGGCCGAGAAAAGAAGAGAAACCUGUGAAUAAUGAACGAGAUGAACAACCUAUUCCAAACACCCCCACUUCUCAGAGGAAGAAGGCUCCUUCCACGCCAACAAGGAGGACCACAAGAGGGAGGAAGGCUGUUUCUUUUAUUUCUCCUCUCCCAGAGGAAGAAGAGGAGCUUGAGGGGGAUGAGAAAGUAGAGCCAGAGAUAAAGAUUCCCGUCUCAACUCGUCGUACACCCAGAAAAAGCCAGGUUCAGACCAGCACACCCCGAAGAAGUACUCGCAAAACUCCUAGAGAUCAGGAUGAAGAGGAGGAGGCUGUGGACCAGCUUCCCACUGUUACUUCAAACUCCAAGGCCUCUUCUCCUUCCAGGCGACGGGUUUCCCAGAAACCUGCCACAACAAGGACCAGCCAAAGGGUCCUGAGUAGCAGCGAGGAUGAGUCUCCAGACAGUGAAAUAAACGAGGAGGAGGAGGAACACCAGGAAGUGCCGCAAAUGAAAGUUGGACGACGAACAACCUCCAAGACUCCCACUCCAGCCAAACGCAGGAGUGCUAAGGCAGACACUCCCAGGAGAUCCAGCCGAAGAAUACUGAGCAGUAGCGUGGUGGAGGCGACGCCAUUAAAGAGCUUGGCAGAGGAGAAUGAAGUGGAAGAAGGUUUCGCUCCACCCGUCAAACACAGCUCCAGAAGGAUGAAGUCGGAGCGGCUGGAGGACGACGAGGACAAAAAACGGCAAAGUCCCAGCCCGGGCAGGGCGACUCGACAGUCCAGCCGUAUUUCCCUCGAUAUUUAUCCACAAGUGAAACUGGUUCCUGUGUCACUCCCUCAGAGUGCAAAAAAGAUGAGACAAGCGACGACCACCGAACACACAAACGAAGGCGAUGACCUACACGAGUCUGAACAAAACCGCAGCGCUAGUCACAGCAGCUCUCGUCGACCGACCAGAAGCAAACUGUGGAACGACACAGAGGAAGAUCGCCCCUUACUGAACUCUCCUCUGGAGGUGGAUUCUGAAACUCCCGUCGCAGACGCCCUCAUCAAGAGACUCCAGCAGGAAGGAGGAGUAGUUGUCUCAAAGAUGGUGAGAACCAGCAAGAAGAGUACGAAGGCGUUAUUGGAGCAGGCCGACACGCUGCCGUCUGUGACAGAUGACCCACUCCCUGAAGCCCCAGAGAACGAGUUGAGUCCGGACGAGCAUUCAAUCAUCUACAACCCGCCACGGAGAAGAACAAGAGCUCAUAGAGCAGAGUCGCCUGGUCCAAGUGAAGAGACUGCAGCGCCUGUGACUCGCAGCAGGAGACAAGUCAAAGAUGCUACUCUUCAGGAUGCAGCUGGUUCUGAAGAAGAUCAUGCAGAUGUGACGACGAGAAAAAAGCGUAAACAAACAGCCAAAUCCAAAUCCGCUUUGGAGCCGCCUCCUGAAGCAGAGGUCGACCUGAUCUCGCCUCUGCCCAGCCCAGGCGAUCCGCUCCCACGGUCACAGAAGAGGGUUAAAGAAGCAGAGGCCCCGGCCCUGGCCCCGGGCAUGAACCUCAGACGCAAACGCAUUAUGAACAUGGUUUUUACAAAACCAGUUACACGGCGGAAGAAACUAUGAGGAGGUUGGUGGUGUCUAGAAACAAAAACCUCGUAGCUCCACCUCAAGAUCAGAACCAAAUUGUGUUGGAUUGAGUUAAACUCUCGGUUCUGCAUCUUCAGAUGCCUCAAACCGCUGCCGUUGUCUUUGUGUGUAGGACAAUACAAUAAAAGCAAUGAGAGGACUUUAUUUUUUGGAAGUUUAAUUGUCCCACUCAACUUGAUUUUUGAUCGGUGGCCAUUUUGUGUUGCUCCUUGUAAUCAGCCGGGCACAAAAAGGAACUAGUGGGGGAAAAAAAAAUCAUUGUGUGUGUUUCAAAAAGCUGCCACAGAUAAAAUCCGGAGACUGAACCUAAUCUGCCUCUGAUUAAGGGGUUUUAUUCAGAUGUUGUUUUAAUCUUUUUCAUUGUUUACUUUUAAGGUUUUCGAGGCCUGCCGUUUCUUCUAUUUAAGAAGAAACGCAACCCUUACCCAGUGGAGAUAAAACAUUUCUACUACUAGAUUUGUAUAUAGUCUUUUGCUAUGUUCCAAAUAAAGUUAAUAAAUAAAUGCUUAAGAGUUUUGUCCAUUUUCAGGUUUUUAAUUGUUCUCAAGUACAUUUAAUCAUCUAAUCAGCCUGCCGAUACCACAGUCUUAAAUUAGUUUUGGGAGUUUUCUGUUAAAGACACAGACUUGUACACUAUUGCCAUCAGAAUGGGGCCGUUUUUGUACGUCACAGAGAUAUUGGAUAUUGUUGAAGGGGGAGCACUGCAUUUGGAGUUGUUUUGGGACUAUGUUAAUAAUAGGCUUGUUGAAUCAAAUCACUGUCAAAUAGGUAAAUAGGCUAUUUUCUGACAAAUGUAUGUAGAAUGUCUUAUUUUUGAUGACUGCUACCUGAUAAAUAUGUCUAAGCUUAA